AUGGGACUUUGGAGUUCUCGUCCAUUAAGACUUGUAACAUACAAUUCCGUACGUUAUCACGCUGCUAUCAAAUUAGUCAACAUAUCGGCUAUUGUAAAUGAAAACCUCAACGAACAUUUACAACUUAAAAUUUUAAAAUAUUUCAGAAAACAUUUGAAACCAGUGACUUCGCAUGAACCAUACGAUUUAAGAAUAACAUCAAUUUUACCCAAAACUGGAGAUGUCCACUUUGAAUUUUACUCUCGUAAAUCGGAUCAGAAAAUUGUACAAGACCUACUCAACCAUAUGAUAGCCAAUGGUUCUCUGCCAGGACCUGGGACUGUGCCACUGGUAAAAACAGCUUUAUCCUUUCAGCAGGAACCAUCGUUGUGGUUAAAUAAAAUGGACGUGAACAAAAAUCGAGAUUCCAUACCCGAAGGAGAACCUUUCAUUAUAUCGUGCAUAGCCCAAGGUCCUCCAGAUAUGCAAUUCAAAUGGUUUAAAGAUGGAAUCCCAAUUAAUACGUCAAUAUCAACCAGAAACAUUUGGACGAAAAUCAAGAAAACGGACAAACCCGAUUACAAGUCUUCCAUGUUGGUGAUCGAACACGCUGACAUCUUAGACUCUGGAAAAUUUACGUGUCAGGUGUCCGACCACUCACACCAACAGUGUCAAUCAGUAGCGUUAACCGUGAUCCCUCUGCCGGAAGUCAUAAUGAAACCGUCCGUAACGGUUAAACCUGGGGACAAUGUGACGAUUAUGUGUUUUUUGAAAAACGAAUUCACGAAGUUUGGGAACACGUGGCUGGAUAGUGACAUGCAUUUGGUGAAGAUCGACAAAAACGUGUACUGGGAAGACUUGCACCGCGGUGGCAGUGUACUGUACGUGAAGAACAUAACGUCGUCGGCAGAGUACAGGUGCGAAGCUUCCAACCGAGCGGGCAGGCGUAAUGCCACCGUGUACGUUGACGUGCUCAACACGAGAGUGAUGGCGCAUUGCGUUGCCGACGGCGUUUGGCCGCUGACCGGCGCCGGAAAAUCGGCGUCCUCGGAAUGUCCGAAAAAUAGGUCGACCAGCUACGCAUCUCGUACUUGCGUGCUGACCGCGGCCAACCGCACCGAAUGGCAGAAAGCCGACUAUUCGCGGUGCGCGCCGGACGAUCUAAACAAAAUCACCAUGAACUUUCGCAAAAAAACAUUGGGAUACGAUAAGGUCAACGUGACGGCCGCGAAAACGUUGAGUUCGCUAUACAGCGAUCUUCACUCCACCGCUGUAUGGUAUCCGGGCGAGGGCGAGCCUGUCAUCGAUUUCCUCGUGUCCGUCACGUCGUACUUACAGAAAUCGUCCGAUUUGGCUGACCUAGACCAAGCGUCCAUCAGCUUUGACAACAUACUCAGCAUGCUGUUGGAAAACGAUUCGGUGGUUAACGAAAAGAAAAUCGUUCAGCUUCUGGAUAUGAUCGAGACGUGGACGCUGUUAAAAGCGUUUUACUUGUUCACCAACGAAGGAAUUAAACAGUACACCAACCAGAUCGAAAAUAUACACGUCGCGUCAGCCUCGGAAGUAGUGACAAGUGACAGAAGAAAUAUGACGCACCGGUUUUAUGACAAACAAACCAUUAGGCCCUCACAACAACCAAAAGUAAUCGUGUCAAUGUGUGACGUUCAAAUCGACAAAUGGAUUAACAAAUCGUUCAAUGUAGGAGUUACGACGUUCAGAAAUCUAUCGGAGUUUUUUCCUAGAAAAUAUUUCAUAAACAAGAGCAAAGACGGCGAGAUCGAGUACAGCGUGAUGACGCCAAUGGUGUCGGUCAGCGUAGCGCAGGACGAUCAACGGAUACGCAAACAUUGGCCGACCAUUGUUACCGAGUUGGAGUUCGACCUUACGUUGCCGUGGCUGGUAAACGGAACGUGGAACGUGACGUGCGUGACCAUGGCCAGGCUAGCCGACCACCAGUGGGACAUGUCAUCCUGCCGGGCGGUCAACGUCUGGUCACCGUUGUCCAACGUUACCCGUUGCCACUGCCCGUCAGCCGGUCUGUUCACCGUACUCGCUAGAGUGAUGCCACUGGACGAAGGAGGUCAAAGUACUUCAAAACAAGAUGUGAUUAUCGUGUUCGGGUGUGCUUGUUGCCUGGUGCAAUCGGCGAUGUCUCUGAUGUUGCUGGUCACUCAAUGGGUUAAACACCCGACGUGCAUUGUGUACUUGAAGAUACAGCUGUGCUUCGCAAUUAUAAUCCAGAUGUGCAUGUUUCUGUACGCAACGAAAAAUAACGACUAUGGAUAUUUUUCGCUGUACUUGCAAAUAGUGACCAUAGUGGAGAUAACGUCGCACUUGAGUCAGUUGCUCAUCGUCUACACGGAGAUAAUUAGUUUCCCGCAGUUUUCCAAUAUUAAACUUCCCAUUAUUGGCGUAGCGACAACUGCACCAGUGUUAUUUGUGCUCAGUAUCAUGUUAAGUCUGAAUAUUAUCGGCGCUAAGCCUAUUCGACCAUGGUGGUCGUGGGAAAAUUCUGCGUUUAUAUACGUUUAUAUCAUAAUCAUUGUGCUGCUGAUGAUUAUGUACUUGUCAGUAUUAACGAUAACCGUGCCUAAGUUGAAAUUUAUAAAACAAAAACUUCAACGGAACACACCGACAAGUAUGAAAAAAAGAAUGGAACUUAUAAUCAGAUCAGUAGCUAUCCUGUUAACCGUCAUCGUGACGACCGUUUCCAGUAUCCUGCACAUAAUCUACAUGGAAGACUUUUCCAAGUAUAUUUUCAGUUCAUCGUGUGCCGUACAGGGUUUCGUUGUGUUGUAUUGCUACGUCUUGCACUCGGAAGAUCCGUUUGACUUGAGAACCGUUUAUCGACCGAAAUCGUCACCGCAACAAUCAAGCGAUGAUAACCAAUCGGAUUCUGCCGGAAGUCCGUUGAAACGUUUCUCUAAGAACACAAUAGAUUACGAGAUAAAACAAUCGAUUAAGAGUGACAUACUGGAAAUAACAGAUAAUCCGCAAGAGUAUUUUAUCACUCAAGAAAAGCCAGUAUCGAUUGUCAGCAACCUUACUAGCUCGUUAAAAAAACUCGAUAGCAAUACCGAGCCUAAAAAGUCUGUGACAUUUCGGCAUGACUUAAUCACAGGGUGUCACGAAAAGUCGUCGGACGACCACGACACUGACAGUGGAUGCGGCGAUUACUGUGGCAGUGGAGAAAAGAGUUGUUGUUCGUACCGGAACAACAGUCGGUCACCAUUAUUGGAGACGACGGCUAUCGAUUCUGCAGACACGGUAUUGGUGGACGACUGGCAGAUGGUGGACUUUGUAGAUGCCUCUCAGCCUACCUCGAUGGCGCCACUUCCGGCCGGAAGCGACACUUCUAUCCGGUGCGUGGUGCAACCACCACCCGACAUGUUGGCCACGCACGUGUGCGUUGAAGUCGGACUGGUCAAACAGCAUGCCACCACCUCGGAUGGUUCCCCGACAAUCGUAGUGUGCAGCGUGGAUGUAGAACCAUGCCGGCAACCACAUAUGUUAUUCAUGUCGUCGUCGACGACACCCGAACCUGGGACAGACGGCUCCGGUGGUGACAGUAACGACGAUGACGUUCUGGACCGAAUAUCCCAAGACCUGGACUAUCUGCUGAACCGGAAGAACGUCGUCGACUCGAACGUGGUCGAGUCGGAUGGCGACGGUGACGCUGAUCGCAACCAGAAAAAGAAAACCAAAGACCUAACCUAA